AUGGAUUCCCCCAAAACCCUAACGGACCAGCACCCCCUUCCGAAACUCAUAAUCUUCGACCUGGACUACACCCUCUGGCCCUUCUGGAUAGACACGCACCCAACCCCACCACUCUCCCUCGUCCCCUCCACAACCCCACCAACCCUCCACGACGCAAUCGCAACUCCGUACCCUCUCUUCCCCGCAACCCUUCCCCUCCUGACCCACCUCUCGGCCGCCGCCGGCAUAAAACUAGCGGUGGCAUCCCGCACCCAUACACCCGCGCUUGCUCUGCAGGCGCUCGACCUCUACGGCUUGCGCCAGUUCUUCGACUUUACCGAGAUUUACCCUGGGAGCAAGCUAAAGCAUAUGCGCCGGCUGCGCGAGAAGAGCGGCGUAGAGUUCCGGGACAUGCUGUUUUUCGAUGACGAGCCUAGGAACAGGGAUGUCUGUGGGCUGGGGGUUUGGUUUGUGAUUGUCGGCGACGAGGGGGUUGAUUGUGGGUUGAUUGAUGAAGGGGUCAGGAGGUGGAGGCGGGAUAGGGGAUUUGAGGGAGCGGGGGAGGGAGAGGAAGUGGUUUGA